AUGGUUCGUCUUUCAUGUGGUAUUCAAUUUAUACGUACAAUACUAUUUGUAUUAAAUAUUAUAUGUCUUCUUAUUGAUUUUUUAUUAUUAAUCAUAGGGAUUCAUAUUAAAGUCAAUGGAAAAUUUAGUGUAAUCAUUAUUACUUAUGAUAUCAGUCAAAUAUUUGAUAAAGAAGUUCUGCAACGAAUAGGAAUACUUAUGAUUAUUAUUGGUAUAGCAACUAUUUGUUUAGCAAUAUUUGGUUGUUUAGGUACUGUUUAUCAUAAUCGAGAUUUUCUUUAUAUAUAUUCAAUCAUACUUUCACUUAUUAUUGUAUUUGAAUUUGUUGGUAUUAUUAUAACAUUAAGAUUUCGUAAUGAUUUCUGGGAAUUGUAUAAUUCUAAUUUUGAAAAUAUAUUUCAACGUGCUUAUCGUUAUAAUCAAACAGAAAUAAUUCGAAUUAUUGAACAAUUCGAACAAGAUCGUAAAUGUUGUGGUGUUAAUAGUUAUACAGAUUAUAUUAAAUAUGGUCAUACAAUUCCUUCAUCUUGUUAUCCAAAUCAAAUCUUACAAGAAAAUUCAUUUAGUCAAAGUUGUGCAGAAGCCAUUGUUAUUUGGAUAUGGAAUGAAUUACCAAUGAUUGUUGGAAUAUUAACUAGUAUUUUCUUUAUUGAACUUUUUGGUGUUAUCUCAUCAUUAGUAUUAGGUGUAACAGUUUCUCAUUCUUCAAAUACUGAUUUUUAUGAUAAAUUAUAA